AUGGAAGAUUCUUCACCAAUCUCUUCUCCCCCACAAGAAGUGUACAUCUCACAAAAGCUGAAAGCUUUCAUGUCAGAACCACAAGGUAGCGCUGUGGUGGCUGCUCUCGAGACACAUUUUCAUUGUAUCAUCUCUGUCGUGAACGAUUUGCUCAUUGUGAAGUGCUCGACCACUGGAAUGCAAGCGGACGCCGUUCGCAUCGAGAACAUUCUGCGAGACAUGUGGCAAAAACGAGACGUUCAAAUCAUGAUCCGAGAAGCAGCGCUGAACGUCUCCUGCACCCACAUCUGUCAAAUGAUUCUUCCACGCGCUUACUGUGCCGUCGUGUUCUUCUUCUCCUCUGAUAUAACGAGAAGAUCAAGAUGUAACGACAUCAUCAUUGAUCACUUCAACGGGAAAGUCACGAUGUUCGGAGCUGAAUUAGCUGUGAACAAAGCCCGAGAGGUGAUGAUAGAGUGCCUGACGGAUCAUUUCGGCCUGCUAGAAAUCGAGAUACCAAUCGCGCGCCGGACUACUAGGAUGGGAUACAAUCUGACGCCUAGUCCGUUUAAUCCUGAAGCCCCACCUCCAGUCCUCAAUAACGUUUUCUCGAUUGGUGAACCAAACGCGAUUUUGACAUCGACACCACCUCUCUCCGUGUCUCAAAUCUUCGAUGAAGGUCGCAUGUCCUCCAAUUUCGAUAGACAGCUGCAACUAUUCCCCUCAGACUUUUCUGUCCCUCCACCCCAAUUGCCAUCAAUGCUUGAACCACCAGUGAUACUUCCUCCGGUACAAACGACUAAUAACGUUGAGAAAGUUAAACAAUGGAUUCCAACUACCGAAGUCGGUAAAAUUCUUGGGAAUCGUGCCGCGAUGAAGAAGCAAAUCGAAGGACAGUUCAAUUGUGUUAUUACUGUUCACACUGAAGUUUAUUCCCACUUUGGGAUGACAUCCGUGGAGAUUAUGGCGCAGAACAAAGAACAAUGCCACGGAGCUCGCAACGCCGUUCUUUCUCUGAUUCAAGCAUACCAGGAUAAACCUACGCCAGCCGCUACUCCCACUGAUUCUGGAAUCAACAGCCCAUCGUCUCCAAUGACAAUUGAAAGUCCAUCGGCGACUCCCGAGAAACGAAGCGGGGGACAAAGAACAUUUCACAGAAGCAGCUUUCGCGAUCAGCCAAAAGUGAUGCUCGCAUUGACUCCUCGGAAAGUAUCCCCCUCCAAUGAAUGA